AUGCACUUCUCCAAGUUCAUACUGGCUGCUCUGCCUGCCCUCGCUCUCGCUCAGGAGACCACCACUGAGACAUCUACCGCCGUCGUGACCAAGACCUACUACCUCUCUACGGUCCGCACUGUUACCGCCACUGGUGAGAGCACCACUGCUGUUGAGACCUCGGCCGAGAUCAUCUCUACUGCUGUUGUCGAGGAGAAGACCACCUUCCUGCCCGUUGCUCACAACACCACCAUCCCCGCCUCUACCCCCAAGCCCACUGGCUCUGCUGGUACUACUGGUGGUUCUUCUGAGCCUUCUCAGGUCCCUGAGAACGCCGGAGCUGCCGUCACUGUUGGCAAGUUCGCCAUGGCAGGUGUUGCUGGUGCCAUCGCUGCCGCUCUUUUGUAA